AUGAUUAAUGGCCACAAAACCUUUAAAAAUCCUGUGGUAUUGUGGAAAUUCCCAGAGGACUUUGGAGACCAGGAAGUACUGCAGAGUGUGCCAAAAUUCUGUUUUCCCUUUGACGUUGAAAGGGUGUCUCAAAAUCAAGUUGGACAGCACUUUACUUUUGUAUUGACAGACAUCGAAAGUAAACAGAGAUUUGGAUUCUGCAGACUCACAUCAGGAGGUCAAAUUUGUUUAUGCAUCCUUAGCUACCUGCCUUGGUUUGAAGUAUAUUACAAGCUUUUAAAUACUCUGGCAGAUUACUUGGCUAAGGAACUGGACAGUGAUUUGAAUGAAACUCUUCAGUCACUCUAUAACCAUCCAGUACCAAAGGCAAAUACUCCUGUCAAUUUAAGUGUGAACCAAGAGAUAUUUAUUGCCAGUGAGCAAGUUCUGAAAGGUCAGACCUCUCUAGUACCGCAUUCCUACUUCAUUGCCCCUGAUGUAACGGGACUCCCAACCAUCCCUGAGAGUAGAAAUCUUACUGAAUAUUUUGUUGCUGUGGAUGUGAACAAUAUGCUGCAACUGUAUGCCAGUAUGCUGCACGAAAGGCGCAUCAUUAUUACCUCUAGCAAAUUAAGCACUUUAACUGCCUGUCUCCAUGGAUCAGCUGCUCUGCUUUAUCCAAUGUACUGGCAACAUAUAUACAUCCCCGUGCUGCCUCCACGUCUGCUGGACUAUUGCUGUGCCCCAAUGCCAUACCUGAUUGGAAUACACUCCAGCCUCAUAGAGAGAGUGAAAAAUAAAUCUUUGGAAGAUGUGGUUAUGUUAAAUGUUGACACAAACACUUUAGAAUCUCCAUUUAAUGACUUGAGCAACCUACCAAGUGAUGUGGUCUCGGCCUUGAAAAAUAAACUGAAGAAGCAGUCUACAGCUACGGGUGAUGGAGUAGCUAGGGCCUUCCUUAGGGCACAGGCUGCUUUGUUUGGAUCCUACAGAGAUGCACUGAGAUACAAACCUGGUGAGCCUAUCACUUUCUGUGAGGAGAGUUUUGUGAAGGCCCGGUCAAGUCUGAUGAAACAUUUCUUGGAAACAGCGGUUAACCUUCAACUUUUUAAGCAGUUCAUCGAUGGUCGACUGGCAAAGCUAAAUGCAGGAAGGGGCUUCUCUGAUGCAUUUGAAGAAGAGAUCACUUCAGGUGGCUUUUGUGGAGGGAAUCCGAGGUCAUAUCAACAAUGGGUGCAUACAGUCAAGAAAGGAGGCGCACUGUUCAACACAGCAAUGACCAAAGCAACUCCUGCUGUGAGGACAGCAUAUAAAUUUGCGAAAAAUCAUGCAAAGCAGGGGAUAAAGGAAGUGAAGAGUAAGCUAAAACACAAGGAAAAUGAAGAAGAUUAUGGGGCCUGCUCUGGUUCUGUCCAAUACACCCCGGUGUACACGUUGCACAGUGAAAAGGGAGAACCCCUAGAAAAGCGUAAGCUUGCCCAGGCUCGCUUAACAAGGCCUCUGAGGAGCCUUGACAGCGCCCUGUGCGACGACGACGACGAGGACAUGGAAAGAGCAAGCAAGCUGUCUUCGGAAGACGGCGAGGAGGCGUCUACUUACCUUUAUGAAAGCGAUGACUCGGUGGAAGCCAGAAUCCAGGCUCCUCACGCAGGGGAAAUGGACUUGCUGGGUGAGAUCCUGGACACACUGAGCACCCACAGCUCAGACCAAGGAAAGCUCGCAGCUGCAAGGAGCCUGGAUUUCUUUAGAUCAAUGGAUGAUAUUGAUUACAAACCUACGAACAAAUCCAAUGCUCCCAGUGAGAAUAAUCUGUCCCUGCUUUGUGGUGCUUCGGGCGACCAAGUGGAGUGGAACCUUGGCCAGGACGACAGCGCCCUCCAUGGCAAACAUCUGCCUCCAUCUCCCAGGAAGCGGGUUUCCUCAGGUGGCUUCACAGAGUCACUGUUUAUCCUGAAGGAGGAAAAUAGUGAAAAAGCCCUCAGCCCGGGCCCUGUGAGCGGCCCUCGGCCAGUGGAAAAGCCAACUUCAGCUCCAGGCCUGGGCUUCCCGCUAGCUCCCCAAGAGGCUUCUCAGACGGAUCAAGGAAAGCCCGACCCGAGAGAAACACUAAGCCAGAUUUCAGACGAUCUGCUUACACCGAGCCCGGGGCCAAGGCCAUCUACGUCUGUGCCUUGGGAAAAAGACGGGAAGGAAGCCAAAGAGCCCUCAGAAGACAUCGGACUGCUUCACGAAGUAGUGUCGUUAUGUCACAUGGCAUCGGCUUUCCAACAAGGUUUCAACAUUUCAGAAGAAAACAGAAGUGGAAACCAAGCUUAAAUCAGCCACUUGCCUCCAGACGUCUCUGGAGACAGUCUAGAAUUCCAUGUAAGCUGUGUAAUAAACAGAAAUGUAGGAAUGAUAACACUUAAUACUAUUUAAGACUUAUUUUCAUGUGGAGCAUACAUUUCUACUUGUUCUUGUUGUGGACAGAUGGUAUCCAUUGAUUUUUAAAUGUAAAGCUAAAUCUUCUACAACUCUCUUCAAUCAGGUACAAGUUUGUAUGUACAUUGAGGUAUGCAUUGAACAUAUGACUUUCCAGUAUUUGGUGCUUAAUGCCAUUCAUCUUAUUUAAACUAAGUAUGCAUAUAUAACCCCUGCACAUAGCUGUUAGCUACUCUGCUAAUCUGGUUGAGCAUGAACUCAUUAAGAUAUCAAAACUAGCCUGAAACUGUUGACCCACUAAUUGCCUUAACCUUAAGCCUUUAUUAAUUAGGUAUCCUUAAAUAAUUUAUGGACUUACAUGUAAGUUUUUGAAAGAUAAGUUGUUAGUGUUCUACAGAGCAAUAAUGACUUUUUCUACUUUGGAAUCAAGGUCAAACUUCACCUUUUCAUAGUUGAAAAGCUCUCUUGUAGAAAUAUUGAGUUUAUUUACAGAAGGACGCUGCAGCCAUGCUUUCCCCCAUCCUCAAGGUACACACUUAGCUUUCGCUCAGUGACUGGAGGAUGCACUGCAUCACAAUGUGAAGUGGGUUGUUGUGUUUACAAAUGAGACACUUUAAAUGUUUCCCAGUCUCUCUCUAUGCUUUUACCAACCAGGAGUCCCCUCCUCCAAAUGUAAUAUAAAUGACCAUAAGAAAGUCAUGUCUUCUUUCCCUCUUUAAUAAUUCUCUAUCACCAGGCUUCAUACCCUUAUCUCAAGUUCUCCUCUUAAAAUAAGUUAUAUUCUUAGACAUUUCAGAUGUACAGAAAAUGAAAGUAGUGCAGAAAGUUUCUGUAUUAUAUUUCCCCUCCCCUCCCCCCACUGCCAACACACACACACACACACACACACACACACACACACACACACACACGGUAUCCUGUAGUCUUGACACCUUCGUGUGGUACAUUUGUUAAAAGUAGUGAACCUGUCUCGAUGCGUUAUGUUAACUAAAGUUCCUUACAUUCUUCAGAUUUCCUUUCGUCUUUCUGCUCAGUGGUCCCAUCGAGGACACCACAUUGCAUGUCCUUGUGCGUCUUCUUAGGCUCCUCACGAACACCAGUGGUGCAGCGGGCUAACCACUGAGCUGUGAACCAUAGGUCUGUGCUGUAUAAGAUCGCAAAACUCAGAAUCGACUCCGGAGCAGUGGGCUUGAUUUCAGUGGGUUGACUGGUCUUUUCUCAGAGGCUCCUAGUUUUUGAUGACCUUAAUCAUUUUGAGGAGCACUGGGUGGGUGUAACAUAGGAUGUCCUUCUGUUGGAAUUUUUCUAUGUUUUUCUUGUGAUUGGACUGGGCUUACAUGUUUUUAGGAGGAAAAUUACAAAAUUACUUUCAUCAUUUCACUGGCACAUACUAACAUGAAUCAUGCAUGUUGCUGUUGGCUCUCUUACGCAGACUGAGGUAGGUGGUGCUUGUCAGGGUUCCCACUGGAAGGUUCCUCUUUUCAUCUCUUUUCUGUAGUGGGCUCCUCGGCGGGCAGUCCCUAUGUAAAGGCCACACUUCCACAGCAAGUGGUCGUGCUUCCCCAGCCCCGUUUAGGACAACAGGUACAUCAACUGCUUGGAAUUCUUCUGUACAGGAGAUUCAUCUCUUCUGCCCUGAAAUUCACUUCAAACCUUUAGCUUUCCUCGGAGAAGGAAUCAUGCAGUGAUUGCGUCGAGAAAAGCCAAACCAAGCCCUGCCAGGUGCUGUGCUUCAUGAUAGGCUAAAGAUUGACAUGUAAUUGAGAGGGGCAGCGAUGUUCCACAUAAUUAUUAUUGGUGUACUCAGUUUAUCUCUCCUCUAUACAUUGCCAAUCACGGAUGAUAGCUUUUUAAAAAAUCUCUUCUGAGAAAAGAUGUUUGAGAGAUCAUUCAAAAAAAUCUAUCAGGACUUUAUAAUUUUUAGUUGAAAAAAUCAUGGAAAACCGUUUGUUUAAAAACAUACCUUUAUAAAUGUUGUAACCAGGCCAGUCUUUAAAACCCUUAAAAAAAAACACCAAGUUAUUGUUGUUUUUAAAACAAAUAUCCAAAAGCUAAAUGGAUAUUUUUAUUUGGCACAGAUAGCUAUUCCUGGUUUGUAAGGAAAACAAGCCUUGUUUUCCUUAUAAGGAUGGGCUUUACAUAUACUAAGGAAAAGCAAGUUUACUCAUUUUUUUAAAACUCUUGGUUCCUGUCCAAUUCUGCUGUUAACUGCUCAUUACAAAAUUCUGGUUUACUUUGGUGAAAUACAUAGUAAAGACCAUAUGUCAGAAAAACUCUGUUAAGUGAGAAGGAAAAAAAUUCACACCAGUGAACUCCUAGCAAAUAUUUCUUCAUAAUUUGUAUUAAGAACCUACAGCCUUCUGAUGGGAAUUUUUGAAUGAGUUUUUGCUUCAGAUUUGGUAGUUUAAAGAAUGAGAUCUAUGAAAUAACAUCGGCCAUACUUGAAUUUUAGUCCGUUUAUAAACACUACGCCCUCAGAAAUAUAAGUCUUGGGGGGCAAGUGUUAUCUUUCAGCCCCCUUACAAAACAUUUGGCUGGAUGACUAUUGUUUGGGGCAUAAUUAGCCCUUAACAAGUAACAUAUUUGUCUCAAGAUAUUUUAAAGUGACCUGUGCCUUAUUCUCACAUAAACAAUUAGCUGUUAUUUUUAAAGAUUAGAAUGAAAAACUCUACAUGUUAUUGUUGAAGGUCAGUAGCAACUAUUCUUGGUAGUGUAGGCCAUUGAGUGUUGAAUAUGCUAAGUCUGCUCUUAAGCUAGCCUUUCCAGUAUUAUGGUGGAUAUCGGGAAAAUGAAGUAAUACUGAGGUGAGUUCUGAAAUCAAAAUGUUGUUCAUUUUCUACUGUUCAUAUUUUCUAUUGCAACUAAACCAAAUAUUUGUAAUAUUCCCCAUUAUUUUACUGGAAAAAAGUUUUUGUUUUUGUUUUUCUUCAAAGAAGCAACACCUGUUAUAUAUCAGGAUUAGAUAAAAGAAGAAGACUUUGGGUUUGGGUACACAGUCUUUUAUAUAGCUUCUAAAACUGAGUUCUAAUUCUCUCCAAAUUCUACUUUUGCCUUUACCCCUUUGCCCUUAGAUCUUGUGCCCGUGGCAUUUCAGGGAUAAAGAGGAGCAGUGUGGGCAUUUAGAAGCUGUUGUUCUAUAAAAUAUUGUUGGAUUUUAUAUUUUGUUGGCUACCUAUUUUAGAAAAGCACCAAAAUAUUGCACGAUUAGUUUUCUGAUUAAGAUAAAUUAAUAACUCAUUUAUUUAGAAAGUAUUUAUCAAAUCUCUGUACCAGUCAUAUGCACGGUACUAUGGUAACUGAGAAUGUGCGGGAGUGAAAAGUUGAGAUUGUCCCUGUUCUCAAGGAACCAAUUAAAAUGAAUUUCAGACCUCUGUUAAUAAUACUGAUGAUGAUGUUAAUAAUAAAAAACUAAUAGUUUUCCUAGAAGUAAUUAUUCUGAGAAUCUAAAUAACAAAAACCAAUAAGUUUCUUUUAAUAGCUGCUUAAUCUAAAGCAUGCUGCAAGUACAGAGUCAUCGUAUUGUUUGUAAUUUCAGUAACUUACUUUCUCCGUUAUUCUGCCAAGUCUAAUGAGCUGCUACCGAAGGUAGCCACUUUUAAGGGAUAGACCCAGAGACUCUUUUUAGCAAAUGUGUGUCGUUGAUCUGAUUCCCUGUCACUGUUCUGCUCCUCCACUUUGUAACCAAAAAAUGGACUGAUGCUCCCUUCCAACACGUAGGACCAGUUUAUCCAGCUUAGGGAUAACCGCGUGUGGACGCAUGUUGUUUGGAAACCCAAUUCCUACCUUGGUAGCAACACCCUCCAGAAAUAGGCCUCUCACCUCUUUUAAAAUCAAAACUCUGUGACAGUAUGUUGUUAGGGUUCUGCACUUACAGUCAAAUAAUAAGACCCAAGAACGCUGAUGACUGCUGUUUCUUAAAUAAGGUGAAGAAGUAAAUUUCUAAUCAAGAAGAGAAAACAAUAUUAUCAUAAUCAUCUGACCUUCACACUCUUGUAGAAAUCUUGGGUUUUCAGGUAAAGGUUGCUGAUUUUCUGCAAUAAAUGUUCUGAUUGCUUUUAAUUUGGCAUUUGAGUAGACAGCUGUAAAUCAGAAUGAGUCUGAGAAUGCAAAAUGAAUUCCCAAAUCAUAUCUCCCCAAAGCAUUUCUUAGUAUAGGAAAUAGAUGUCAGUAUUGACAGCUUUCCCCUACCAAACCCAUUAAUAUCAUUAGUGUAUGUUUUAAGCAAACCAGUUAACCUUUUUGAUUUGGUCAGUACAUUGGGAAUUGCGUGCAUUUAGACAGAGUAUAUUUUAUUUGGAAAAUAAUAGGAUUUUGUGCAAUAUUUUGUGUGUGUGUAAUUUAGUUAAUAUAAAUAUGCAGUCGUUUCUGGCAGAUGCCUUAAGGUCAUGUUUUUCAGUAUUUGUGUAGGACUAGAAACUGUGUCACUGCUUUAUGCUAGACAUGGAAAAGAUAUCUGUGAAAACCUCCUGAGCAUUGAGAUUCGGUUGAUUGUUCUUGCACCCUUGAGGCUACAGUGUGAAUCAUCUCCAACUCUGACUACUAUUGGGACGGACACUGUGUAUACAAGUAUUGCUUUGGGAAUGUAAAAAAUAUAUGCAAAUAAAUAUUGAUCCACAUUGCCAUAAAGUGCCCCAACAGUGCAGUUAUAAAAUAAAAUUGAUCACAAUAAAAACUU